GAAUUUUUUGUAAUAUGCUCUUCUUAAUCUACAUCUUCAACUGCUGAUUCAUCUUAUUUAUUAUUAAUAGAUAUAAGAAAAAAGUUAGUAAAGGUACUCAUUACCAUUGAUAAAAAUUAAGUAUAUUUAAUGAAUUUAUUAUAAAGUCCUUUUUAAUAGUAUUCAGAAUACUUCACAAUAACUUACUAUACAAAACAAAAUAAAAUCAUAUCUUUUAUAGAUUUAUUAGUGCAGUCUCCUGAUUCUAGCACCAUAAAUAGUUAAGGUUAAUUAUAAACUUAUUAAACAUCUUAUUACUAGUUAGAAAGUGAAUGUAAUUAAAUUGUCAUGAACAAAAAAGAUAACAGUAUUCUAGUAGGCUGUGAAAAUGCUAAAAUAUUUUUUAAAAAGCCAGUUGAUAAUACUGAACCUAAAUUUCAGUAAAGUUAAAAAGGCUAAAUACUCAAUAAUUUCAUGACAUUUUCUGAAUCAGAUAUUUUAGUUUGGUUUAAUAAAAUCUACGUUGAAUUCUAUACUUUUUCUAGCUUAGAAUAUCUUGGAAAUUAUCAAAUUGAGUAGCCUGAUGAGUUUUUGAUUGAUUUUUUUUAAUUUACUUAGAUUAAGCAAUUUGUAGUGUGCACUGUUAAAAGAAUAUUAGUUUUCAAUAUAACAAAUAAAAAUAUCACAAUUGCUUCUUAGAGUUCUCAAUUUGAGGAUAUCAGAGGGUGGAUUGGUUUAGGCAAUUUACAGUUAAUAGUAGGAUAUGGAAAGAUUUUUAAAAUCUAAGAAGUAUCAGUAUAAAUUUAUUGUGGAGUAAUUAUUGAUUAUAAUAACGUCAUUUAAUCCUAAAGUGAUCAAAGUUAUGUUCUCCUUAGAAAAGUUGAUAUUUUUCAAUGAAAUAUCUUUUUCUAUCUUUAGAAGAGAUUAACCAGAAAAAUUGGCAGAUGGUAAAUUUUUAGGCUCCCUUCUUGGAUCAAUAGUUAUGGAAAAUAAAUAACAGUUCUGUAUUUACACAACAAAUAUUGCUUACGAAUUAUUUUACAUUAUUGAUUUAAGUUCUGGAAUAAAGGUAGGAACAUAAGAUAUAAAUAUAGAAAAGCAGCUUAUUUAAGAUAUG